AUUUAGUAUUAUAUCUAGUCUAGAUCUAGAUAUAAAUUUUGAUGACUUGUCUAGUACAUAGACAUAGAUCUAGAAUCUAGUUAGGCCUAGAUUCAUUUUAACAAAGAGUCCACUGUGAAAAUUACAAUAAGAAAUCUGUUUUUAAAAUAAAUUCGGCAAUAUUAUUAAUUUUUUUAUCUGGUUUCAACCACGUAUCUCAGUGAAAACAAUCCGAAGAUACAAUAACUCCUUGCAAUAGAUAAGUUAUUAGUCUAGUAUAUUCUAAUACGGGUGUAAGAUUAAGAGAUCUAAGUUUAAUCUAGAUCUAUAUUAUAAUAUUUAAUACUAUGGCGGAGGAGGGGGAUUCAAACCUUGAAUAUGAACCUACAUUACAAAACGUCAUUGAUCAACUUAGUUUAAAAUGGAUAUUUGUGGGGGGCAAAGGAGGAGUCGGAAAAACCACAACCAGUUGCUGCUUAGCUGUACAGCUUGCUAAAGCCAGAGAGUCUGUGCUAAUAAUUUCUACUGAUCCUGCUCACAACAUUUCAGAUGCCUUCAGUCAGAAAUUUUCUAAAGUUCCUUCACUUGUUAAAGGUUUUGAGAACUUAUAUGCAAUGGAAAUUGAUCCAAACUUGGGAUUUUCAGAGCUACCCGAUGAAUAUUAUGAACAAGCUGACAUGAUGUCAAUGGGGCGUGGCAUGAUUCAAGAGCUUUUGGGUGCUUUUCCUGGCAUUGAUGAAGCAAUGAGUUUUGCAGAAGUAAUGAGAUUAGUGAAAAACAUGAAUUUUUCUGUUGUUGUGUUUGAUACUGCACCUACAGGUCAUACCCUGCGUUUGCUUUCAUUUCCAUCUGUUGUUGAAAAGGGUUUGGGUAAACUUUUAAGGCUGAAAAAUCAAAUUAGUCCAUUUAUAUCACAGAUGGCUGGUAUGAUGGGCAUGCAAGAUUUAAAUGCAGAUCAGAUGUCUACAAAGUUUGAAGAGAUGUUAGCAACUAUACGUCAAGUCAAUACUCAGUUCAAGAAUGCUGACCAAACAACAUUUAUAUGUGUUUGUAUAGCUGAGUUUCUCUCUCUGUAUGAAACUGAGCGUUUAGUCCAAGAGCUUACACAGUUUGGAAUAGAUACACAUAAUAUAAUUGUGAACCAAUUAAACAUGCAACGCAAGGGAGAAAGAGCGUGUGGCUUGUGUGAAGCAAGAAAAAAGAUUCAAGCCAAAUAUUUAGAUCAGAUUACUGAUCUGUAUGAAGAUUUCCAUCUGAUUAAAUUGCCUUUACUGCCUGAGGAAGUACGAGGAGUGGAAAAAAUCAAACAGUUUUCUGAAAAUUUGUUGAAGCCAUACAAUCCAGAUUAAUUUAUGUAUGCACAAACAAUAUAUUUGUGCAUUUAUUUAUAGAUGUUUUCAGGAUACUUCUUAAAUUUGUUUCUCACAAUAUAUUAACUUAUUGGUUUUCAAAAUUGAUAAUUGUAAUUGUUAUUAAGUGAAUUAAUCCAGGAUACAUGUAAUUAUAGAAUGCAUAAAAAACAGUGAUAUUAAGCAUUAUUAAAAUGUUGUUAGUAAGACUGAAAUAAAAGGACAUUUUAAACACAAUUGUUUUAGAUCAGACCUGUUCCACUGAAUAUUGAUUGGUUUAUUAAUUAAAUGGAGUCUUUGGCAUUCAA